AGCAGCCUAAGCUUUUCUUUUGUUAGACGGUUGUCUGAAGACGGGGUUGAGGUUUAGCUAAAGGUCUGAGUGUUUUAAAUAAAAAUGUCUUCAUUUCAGCCUCGGAGAGAGUUUAUGAAAGAUCAGGUAUCUGGAGAAACAUUCACAGAGUUGAAGGAAAUCAAUGUUAAGAUGGAGGAAGAGAUGGAGGAUCAGCGCAGACUGAUGGAUUUUACCCGGAUACCGCAGAUCAUCUUACACCGGAUAGAUCUCCCACAAUGCUGGAAAGAGGAGGAAGUUCUCAAUGAGCUCAGCAACCCAGAGGAAAACUCCACUUUGGAUCAAGAGGAACCAGAACCUCUGCAGAUAAAACGGGAACAUGAGGAACCAGAACCUCUGCAGAUAAAACGGGACCAAGAGGAACCAGAACCUCUGCAGAUAAAAGAGGAACAAGAGGAACCAGAACCUCUGCAGAUAAAAGAGGAACAAGAGGAACCAGAACCUCUGCAGAUAAAAGAGGAACAUGAGGAACCAGAACCUCUGCAGAUAAAAGAGGAACAAGAGGAACCAGAACAUCAACAGUUCAAAGACGAAGAGAAGCAACUCUGCAUCAGUCAGGAUGAAGAGCAUCUUGUGCUGAAACAGGAGACUGAUGACAUUUUGGUGAAUCCUCUUAAUGUGCAAAGAAUCCACAAUGAAACAGAACCACAGAGGAACCAACUCAUCUCUCAUGGCUCUGCUGAGGAUGAGAACCAGGAUCAGGAAGGCAGCAAUUCUGAAGACCCAGGAAAAGAGAGAAAGGAAGAACAGAAACAAAAGGAGAGAUAUGAGAAAAUCAAAGAGCAGAAAAGCAGAACUGACACUGAAAAGCAAAAAAAGCAGAAGAAAGCUCACGCAGAGCAAAAAUUAUAUUCUUGUAAAAUUUGUGAUAAAACAUUUUCUGGAAACCGUAACUUGAUGGUACACAUGAAAACUCACACAGGAGAAAAACCUUUCACUUGUUCAAUCUGUGGAAAACGUUUCAAACAAAAAGGACAUUUAACUCAGCACAUGAUAAUUCACACUGGUGAGAAGCCUUUCUCAUGUGGGAGCUGUGGAAAAAGUUUCAGCGAUAAAGGCCAAUUAAAUGUACAUAUGAGAAUUCACACAGGCGAGAAGCCAUUCUCCUGUGGGACCUGUGGAAAAUGUUUUACCCAUAAAAACACUUUGAAUGUUCAUAUGAGAAUUCACACGGGUGAGAAGCCUUUCUGCUGUGGGACUUGUGGAAAGAGUUUCACCCAAAAGGGCAGUUUAGAUGUUCACAUGAGAACUCACAGAGGUGAGAAGCCUUUCUCCUGUGGAACCUGUGGAAAAGGUUUCUCUAUAAAAAGUAAUUUAAAAGUUCAUGUGAAAAUUCACACUGGUGAGAAGCCUUUCUCAUGUGGGAGCUGUGGAAAACGUUUCAACGAUAAAAGCCAAUUAAAUGUACAUAUGAGAAUUCACACAGGUGAGAAGCCUUUCUCCUGUGGGACUUGUGGAAAGAGUUUCACCCAUAAGGGCAGUUUAGAUGUUCACAUGAGAAUUCACAGAGGUGAGAAGCCUUUCUCCUGUGGGUCCUGUGGAAAGCGUUACAGUGAAAGAGGGAAGUUAACUCAGCACAUGAGAAUUCACACAGGUGAGAAGCCUUUCUCCUGUGGAACCUGUGGAAAAGGUUUCUCUAUAAAAAGUAAUUUAAAAGUUCAUGUGAAAAUUCACACUGAUGAGAAGCCUUUCUCCUGUGGGACUUGUGGAAAGAGUUUCACCCAUAAGGGCAGUUUAGAUGUUCACAUGAGAAUUCACAGAGGUGAGAAGCCUUUCUCCUGUGGGUCCUGUGGAAAGCGUUACAGUGAAAGAGGGAAGUUAACUCAGCACAUGAGAAUUCACACAGGUGAGAAGCCUUUCUCUUGUGGUACUUGUGGAAAAAGUUUCUCUCGAAAAGAUAAAUUAAAUAAUCAUAUGAGAAUUCACACAAGUGAGAAACCCUUCUCUUGUGGGACAUGUGGAAAAAGUUUCACCUUGAAAACAACUUUACAUAGUCAUAUGAGAAUUCACACAGGUGAGAAGCCUUUCUCCUGUGGAACCUGUGGAAAAAGUUUCUCUAAAAAAGUUCAUUUAAAUGUUCACAUGAGAAUUCACACAGGUGAGAAGCCUUUCUCCUGUGGGUCCUGUGGAAAGCAUUACAGUGACAGAGGGACGUUAACUCAGCACAUGAGAAUUCACACAGGUGAGAAGCCUUUCACAUGUGUGAGCUGUGGAAAAAGUUUCACACAAAAAGGACAUUUAACUCAGCACAUGAGAAUUCACACAGAUGAGACGCCUUUCACAUGUGUGAGCUGUGGAAAAAGUUUCACACAAAAAGAACAUUUAACUCAGCACAUGAGAAUUCACACAGGUGAGAAGCCUUUCUCUUGUGGGACCUGUGGAAAAAGUUACAGACAACAAAAUGGUUUAAUUUAUCACAUGAGAAUUCACACAGAUGAGAGGCCUUUCACAUGUGUGAGCUGUGGAAAAAGUUUCAACGAUAAAGGCCACUUAAAUGUACAUAUGAGAAUUCACACAGGUGAGAAGCCUUUCUCCUGUGGGACUUGUGGAAAGAGCUUCACCCUGAAGGGCAAUUUAGAUGGUCACAUGAGAAUUCACAGAGGUGAGAAGCCUUUCUCCUGUGGGUCCUGUGGAAAGCAUUACAGUGAAAGAGGGACGUUAACUCAGCACAUGAGAACUCACACAGGUGAGAAGCCUUUCUCUUGUGGGGCUUGUGGAAAAAGUUUCACCCGUAAAGGCAAUUUAAAUGUUCAUAUGAGAAUUCACACAGGUGAGAAGCCUUUCUCCUGUGGAACCUGUGGAAAAAGUUUUACCCAGAAAGAAACUUUAAAUGUUCAUAUGAGAAUUCACACAGGUGAGAAGCCUUUCUCUUGUGGUACUUGUGGAAAAAGUUUAUCUCGAAAAGAUAAAUUAAAUAAUCAUAUAAAAAUUCACACAGGUGAGAAGCCUUUCUCCUGUGGAACCUGUGGAAAAAGUUUUACCCAUAAAGACACUUUAAAUGUUCAUAUGAGAAUUCACACAGGUGAGAAACCUUUCUCUUGUGGAACAUGUGGAAAAAGUUACAGUGACAAAGGGACUUUAAUUCAGCACAUGAGAAUUCACACAGGAGAGAAGCCUUUCUCAUGUGGGAACUGUGGAUAAGAAUUACCGUCUAAGAACGACUUUAACUCAGCACAUGAGAACUCACACAGGUGAGAAGCCUUUUUCAUGUCCAAGUUGUAGAAAACAAUUCAUUCAAAAAGGACAUUUAACCGGGCACAUGAGAAUUCA